AUGCCAUCAUUUUGGUAUUUAAUACAACGUUCAUCAGGUGAUUGUACAUCGAAUAAUGAUCGUACACGUAAAUGUGCUUUAUAUUUAUUUCAACAAAUAUUAACCAAUGAAGAAUAUAAACAUAUUGAAAUUAAAGAAGAAAAAUUCAAUCGAUUCUUAAUUUUAAUUGAUGAGAAAACAAAACAAUUUUGGAUUGAUUUUAUUGUUCUUUAUGAAGCGCUUGACGAUGGUGUUGUUCAUUUAAUAAAACCAUUGUUGACAAAAUUCGAUUGA